AUUCCUAUAUAUAACUUCGUGGUCGCACUUCGACACUAAACACUACCAGUUCAACUUUCGCAGGUUAACGAUUCAGCUCCAGCAGAGUUCCAUAGAGUUUUAAAGAUUUGCAAAUAAAUAUAAACUAAAAAUAAAAAUAUAUUAACCAUGAAGACCGCUUACGUAGGAAUUAUUGUCGCACUUUUAGUUGUUUUAGCCAUUUCGAUCGAUGUCAAAGCAGACGGUGAAACUGAUUGCCCUACAUUCUGCACUUUUGAUUACAGACCGGUAUGUGGCUACAAUGGAAGGUGCUAUCGUAAAUUUGGUAAUGCAUGUACCCUGAAGGUCGAGCGUUGCAGCAACAAAGAUAACAAAAUGAAUGUUAAGGCUGUGGAUAUGGGGCUUUGUGAGGAGGCUCUGACCAAGAGUAACCCAAAAGUGAUUGCCUGUGAUCAAGAGCAAUGAGUGAUUUUUUAAAAUUAAUUUUUACAUAAGUUUCAUACCUAUUUAUUUUUAAAAUUUGUUAGUUUGUGAUUUCUAAAUUGAAAUAAAAAUUGACUCAACAAAUCAA